AUGGAGAAGACCCCACUACUUCACAUAGGGUCGGCCCGGAAGGCCGGAAAGGCCAUCGUUCGGCGCCGCCGCUCAACCUUCCGCAGUCGGCUACUCGGCUUUCGUCUUGCUGGCUGCUUCCGUCCAUGCUUAGCGCCGCGCGCCAAUGGAGCCAGUGGGCAAGCCGAGGACAUACUUGUUCCCGUUUGGGGUUUCCCUGCACUGCGUCAUGUUCCUGUGCCGCGGCUUGCGAGGUGCGUGCGAUUCCUUUCUAGUUCUCCUUCACUUCCUACCCUUGCGGCGAUUGCUGAUGUGCGGACGUUCGAUCUUGUCUUGUGCCUGGACGGUGAAUGGAUCGGAUUAGUUGCAUCUUGCAAGUUACAGUGA